AUGGGGAAAGCAUGUAAGAGGAGAGAAAGUGGAAAGUGUUAUAAGAAGGAAAGUGUAAGUUUAGAUCUUAGAGGAUCAUUUGUUAGUGUGGUAAGAGAAACUUUUGCAGAAAUUUUGGAGUUCUAUGAAAAACAUGCUGCUAUACUAGGGUUUUCAAUAAGAAAGCAUACAACAAGAUACUUCACACACACAAAGAUAGUCCAAGAGAAGAAUUAUGUAUGUUCUGCAGAAGGAAAGAGAAAUUCAGGUGACAAGAAAACAAAAUUAGUUGAAAUGGUUGAUGAAGAGAAUGUAAAGGUGAAAACAAGAAAGUCAAGACAAGUAGCCAUUACACGAUCUGAUUGCAAGGCAUGCAUAAGAGCGAAAGUAAAUAAAGAAGGACAUUUUGAGGUGAUGGCACAUGUAUUUCAACAUAACCACGAUCUAACAAGGUCACAGUGGCAUUAUUUGCAUCGUUCUGAAAGAAAAAUGACAAAAGAAAAAGCUAAAGCAAUCAAAACAAUGAAAUCUUCAGAUCUAACUACAAUGGAGACUUAUAAUUACAUGUCUACAAAAGCUGGGGGAGAGCAGAAUGUAGGGCAUAGUGUUGUAGAUCACCUGAAUUUCUACUCAAGGUUAAGAAUGGAGCAAAUUGAGGCUGGAGAUGCUCAAACUUUAGUGAACAUUUUAAAUUAG